UAUGUUAUAAAAGAACUGAUCAUUGCUUGUAAAACAAUGCAAGACCAAGCAAUCUUUGUCCUUGGAAGUGUUUCUUUCUGCUGAGUCCAGAUCCAUUUGUGUUCCUGAACAGGAGAUAUUGAUUUUGUCACAGAGCUUGGCCACUAAAUAAGCAUGGCUCGUAAGGCUGUUUGCUGUGGUCUCAGUAGCCUGGAGCUUCUGUUCAUGGUUCUGUUCCUGCUGAUGACUGGAAUCACAGUGGGACUCAUCACAGUCUUAGCCAUCAACCUCAAUUCGCACACACAGGAGCCAGAAGAACCCACUCCCUCAGUAAAGCCUCCAGAGAACCCCUAUCUGAUUGGAGUAGGCCGAGCAGACUGCACUGGACCAGUGGGAGACGUACCCCUGAUGGGCUAUGCCAACCUGGAGCAGAUAGCAGGAGGGAUCCACACUCGUUUGUUCAGUAGGGCCUUCAUUGUGGACGACAGCAGCAGGAGGGUGGUGUUUGUGAGUGCAGAAAUAGGCAUGGUCUCCCAAAGACUGAGACUAGAGGUGCUGAAGGAGCUUGAGCUGAAAUAUGGAGAUCUGUACAGGCAAGACAACGUGGUUCUGAGUGGAACACACACACAUUCUGGUCUGGCGGGAUAUUUCCAGUACACUCUGUUUAUGAUCACCAGUAAAGGGUAUAUCAAGCCAUCUAUCCAAGCCAUCGUCAAUGGAAUUGUGAAGAGCAUUGAUUUGGCACAUAGGAAUAUGAGGCCUGGCAGAAUCUUCAUGAAUAAAGGAGAGCUUCUAGAUAACACCCGCAACAGGAGUCCACAUUCAUACAUGAACAACCCUGAAGAGGAAAGGAAAAGGUAUAAAUAUGACACAGAUAAGCAGGUCGUCACCCUGAAGUUCACAGAUUUGGAUGGGGAUGGGAUGGGAAUGCUCAGCUCGUUUGCUGUUCAUUCAGUCAGUAUGCAUGAGACGAAUCAAAUGGUGAGCUCAGACAACCUUGGUUACGCUGCCUAUCUGUUUGAGCAAGACAAAAACACAGGCUCUUUAUCUGGCAAGGGUCCAUUUGUAGCCGCAAUGGCCUCUGCCAACAGUGGAGACGUGUCACCCAACACUCGAGGUCCAUACUGUAUAAACACAGGAGAGAGGUGUGACUACCUCAACAGUUCCUGUCCCAUUGGUGGGAAUGAAAUGUGCCUUGCUUUCGGACCGGGUAAAGACAUGUUUGAAAGUACCAGGAUUAUUGGAGAGAAUAUCUACAGAAAGACAAAGGAGCUGUAUAGCAGUGCUGAGCAGGAGCUGCAUGGCAGUGUCUACGCUGCUCAUCAGUGGGUUAACAUGACAGACGUCACUGUCCAGCUUAACUCCACCCACAGCGCCAAGACAUGCAAACCUGCACUUGGCCACAGUUUUGCUGCGGGAACAACAGAUGGAGGCGGAGCACUGAACUUCACGCAAGCAUCAGUUGAAGGAGAUCCAUUCUGGGAUGGUAUUAGGGAUGCCCUGGUUGGUGUUCCUUCCCAAGAAACUCAGGACUGCCAUGUCCCCAAACCCAUUCUCUUCAACACUGGUGAGAUGAACUGGCCAUUUCCAUGGCACCCAGCCAUAGUGGAUGUUCAGAUUAUUACCAUCGGCUCACUGGCAAUAGUAGCAGUUCCAGGAGAAGUAACCACUAUGUCAGGAAGAAGGAUAAGAGAGGCUGUCAAACAGGAGCUGGAAACUCAAAACGCUUUCACCAACACUGAAGUUGUCGUUGCUGGGCUUUGCAAUGUCUACACGCACUACAUUACUACCUAUGAAGAAUACCAGGUGCAGCGAUAUGAAGCUGCUUCGACCAUCUAUGGGCCUCAUACUCUCUCAGCCUACAUCCAGCACUUUAGAGGCCUGGCCAGAGCCAUUGCACAGGGUAAUGUCGGGGAGCUGCCGAAAGGUCCUGAGCCUCCAUUCUUCAGUAAGCUCUUCUCUCUACUGCCAGAUCCACCAGUGGAUAGAAAGCCAGAAAACACUACCUUCGGCCAAGUUUUACAGCAAGUUGAUCCACUUUAUAAAGUGGGAGGGGUUGCAUCCGUCACUUUUGUUGCUGGAAACCCCAGAAACUCUGGAGACAUGAGGGACAAGACCUUCAUUACAGUAGAGAAGUUUCACAACACCACCAGCACAUGGGACAUCGUUCAUACUGAUGCAUCGUGGGAGACCAGAUUUCACUGGAUGAAAGGGUCUGGUGGGCAGAGCAAUGCCACAGUGGACUGGCACAUCCCUCUCUCAGCACAGCCGGGCACUUACAGGAUCCGCCACUUUGGCCACUUCAAACAGCGCAAUAUCAUCACCUCUGUGAUCACCUCAUACGAGGGAACUUCAGAGGUGUUCAGAGUGACAAAAUCACUCUAUUCCAUCUAAUGAUCUAUUCAUUUUAACUAUUCCUUUCACACUCCAUUACUUUCUUAAUGCUUUAUUCCCUCUAACACACUGUUCCCUUUAAGACUCUUCACACUGUAACACUCUGGGUCAGGUGAAAGUGCAACAUGGGCCUUGAUGUGACUACAGUAUGAGCCCACAAUGUCUCUGAAUUUAUCAUCUGAUUUACAAAGAGUGCAGAUAAUCAUGCAAAUUGUGUGUAGAUGUGCCCACUAACUGGGGCAUGAGGCAUAGGGUUUAAAAAGAGCAGUGAAAUAGAGGAACUGUCAGCAAGCUGGAGACAGAAAAGAAGAUGAAAGAUGAUGAUACAGCGCUGGUAAUAAGUUGUUUCUCACCACAACUUAUGUAUGUAAACCUGAUGUUUUAACACAUUUGAAUGGUUCAGAAAACGGACUUCCUACUGUUUCAUUGGGUGACUUUUCAUGAUGACUCAUUUCAUGAAGCAGAUGGUGGAAGAUGUAUCCUAAAAUCCUAAUUUGACUUGUUAUUUUUAACAAAGGUGACAAAUAAACAUGAUGUACUAGUUUUUUUUAUUAUUCAUUUGUUUAGUGGCUGCAUAAAGUACAAGUUCACCAACU